AUGCACCAUCAUUUUGCCUUCGUUACGAUUGCAUUGUGGUUAGCAAAUACAGCCGACGAAUGUCUCGGAACACCCGGUGAAAUUUUCGUUCCACUGCAAUCUGCUUUGCGAGUGCGAUUCAGUGAUGAUAUCUUUCAGCAAUUAUCCAGAGUUGUCGAUCAUUUAUUCAAGAAGUAUGUUAAACAGGUGAUAAUUCCUCCUCAACAGCAAUGUUUUCCAGAAGGAUGUGUUAAAAUUCAGGAUUUCCAACUCGUCGCACAUCAAAAUCCAUCGUACGUUGGAGUAGUACCAACACCACCAAAUCUGUUAACAAUUAGGAUUAGUGGCUUUAACUUUUACAUCACAGGUACAUUAUAUGGUCACUUACAACCAUUACCGUUACUUUCGAUGACAGUACCUACAUAUGGGACACUAGCAAUAUCUGCUAACCAGCUUGUCGUAGAGGCGACAUUUGAUAUUCAAAAGACUGUAGAUAAUGUGCCAUAUAUUCGAGUAGUCAGUUGUUCUCUAAUUAAUGAAGUAAUCCUCGCUUGGGUGGAAAAUAUGGGCCUGUUCACUAUCAUCGUCAAUACCAAAUAUCAACAUGAAAUAACGAUAAAGACUCGACAAAUAUUAGAAGAAACUCUUUGCAUUACUGUGAAUAAUGUGGUCAAUAAUGAAUUGAACAAUCAACUGCUUCAGAUACCAACUCAAAUAUCCAUCCUUGAUUUAUAUCAAAUAUUUUUCGAGAACUCAGAUAAUAUAAGCGGACAGAAAAUGAAAAGGACUUUGGAAUCGGAAUCAAACUAUCUGAAGGCUCCAAUGCAACUUAAGAUGCAAACGAUUUCUGGAGGGAUUAUGUUGCAAGAAUCACAGUUAAGUAGAUUAUUCAAUAAAGCUUCUUAUGGCCAUAAAUUGGAGCCAAUAAUUUUAAAUUCAUCGUCUACCUUCCCAACAAAUAUAGCACUUCAGAAAUCAAGCACUAACAAUAGUUGGGAAAAUUCGCGGAGAAAGCUAUCUCUGUUAAUUCUUUCACUUAGUAUUCUGGACACAAGUGCAACAUAUGGAAAAUUUUUUAUUGGACUAGAUGGUGAUGUGUAUAUUAAAGCAUAUGAUCAAACUGUUAAUCUUUAUCAACGACCGAAAAUGUUACGAUUCAGUGAAGUAAUAAAUGCAGAUGCUGUUGACUUGCUGAUAUCGGAAUAUACUAUCAACACGCUCCUCCUUAAAGCACAUAUCAUUGAUGCAUUCGUUUUCAAUGUGAGUUCAACAACACCUGUGCUUGGUAAAUUAAUACGUACAUCAUGUGGAAUAGAUGAAGUUUGCUUGUCGGAUAGUAUUCCGGAAGUUGCCGAAAUAUAUCCUAAUAAGCAACUUCAAAUUAUCAUACGUACAACUGAACCGCCUAGGGCAAUCAUUUCGGCAGAUGCUGCUAUUGUGACCCUCGAAGGGCAUGCGACAUUUUUUGUCGAAGGGACAACGGAAGAAAUCGGCUUAAUACCGUUCAGUACCACAAUACAGUGCAAUGUUAUAAGCUUACCUGGUCGUAUUGCUGGAUUAAUAAAGAUAAGAACGCUGCAAUUUCAUGAACAUAUCGAUUUUUUCGGUCUUACACUGCAAUCACUGGACAGUUUCAAGGAAGCAACGAAAGGUGCUAUGAUGAAAAUGGUGAAUGGGAUACUUAGAGAAGGUAUCAGUUUAAACGAAUCAGCAACAUCACGACUGUCUAAUACAUCGAUCAGUCUGGUAGAUAGGGGUAUCUUACUGCAAACAAAGUUUAAUAUUGAGCGUAGUUUCUACCAGCAAAUGCCGAUUUCAGUGUAG